AAAGGUGCAGGCGGUAACUCUGGAACAAACGUUUCGGAAUUGAUCAGCAAUUUUUUAAAUCGAUAAAUAUCGAUAUUCUUAGAAUACUGUAAGCACAAAAAUAUAGCAUUUUAUAAAUUACCUUCGCAGUCACCAUUGCGUACGUGACAUCCGGUCUACAAAAUCUUUAAUCUGGAGGAUAGAAAUUUAUACAAUAUGAGUGACGUUUCAACAAUGUUUAGUUCCAUUGAAGAGGAACACAAAGACCUUGCUAAACUUGUGAAAGCUGCGAAGUCUGGCAGAUGGGGAAAAGUGUGGGAUAUUAUCGGAUGUCCAGAUAAUGAGAAGAAGUCUUAUUUAUUGAACUGUGUUCCAGAAAACCGUCGUUGGACUGUCCUACAGCAAGCUGUUUGGUGGAAUAACAGCAUAGCCGUCUCAAAACUUCUGCAUUUUUCUGGCAUUGAUACUUAUGGUAAAGCAAAGAAAGGAAAAUCUGAAAUUGGGGACGAUGGUGGACUUACGGCAUUUGAGAUAGCAGAGAAAUUCGGAUACAAAGAAGUUUCUGACCUUUUGCGUAAAUUUGUAGGUGAAAAAAAAAUACAAGAAGUUGAUACCUUUCAACUGAAUGGACAAGUUGCGGAAAUACAGGGAUUUGGUCUUUUUGGAUUGGCAAUAGCAGCGUACAAGAAUACGUUUCAUCCCAAUGCCAUCGAUUCUUCAAAACCAUUAUCAGUUAUUUUGAAAGACAUAUUUCAUGAAAUGAAUACCACUGAUAGAUGGAAACUUAUACGUGACAAGCUUUCAGAGUCUGUGUUUCUCUCCUGUGAGGAAUAUAGCGAGGAAAUACAAAAAUCCGAAAGCCGAGAAGAGUUCUAUAGGACAAUAGUAAACGUUUACACGAAUGAGGAAACAAGAUUGUAUACAAGGGUCAACACUGCACUUCGACGCCAGAAAGUAAACGGAUAUAAACCAACCGCCGAUGAUUUGGCCUUGGGACCAUACGUUCUAGUUUAUCAAAUGCUGCUGAUGUACUGGCAAAAAUUGAAAAAGGAAAGUUCGAAAACAUACAGAAAAAUGAUGCUCACGAAAAGCGAUCAAAAAAAAUAUCAGAAAGGUCUCAAAUUCGUCUGGUUGUCGUUUGUUUCAAGCUCUGUAAACCCCACCAAAGCUUUACCUUUUCCCACAGAGGAAUUCGACGAAGAAAGUAAGCACUCAACUAUCUUUGAGUUUGACAAUACCUGCGAUUGUCAAUGGCAACCACGAAACAUUGAGGAGUUUGCGGUGUACAAAGAAGAGGAGAGGGUUUACCCUGCUGGCUCACAGUUCCUGAUAACAAACCGAAAAGUCAAGGAUGGGGAAACCCAUGUCUAUCUAAAACUACUUGCUUAGUCGGUGUCAUAAAAUGGUGUGUAGUGUUUCAUGUUCCAACAAAAAUAAGUCAAAAUUUUGAGUAAUGAUAAAUCUCAAAUGCUUACCAAUUCAUUCUUGCAUUGUUAAUUUUGAUAUUAACUGAAAAAAAGAACCAAAAAUUGAGAUAUAAAAGGCAAACAGAUAUAUGAAUUUCUACUGAAAGAGUUGCUACGAUUUUUGUUAACGUUAUAAGCGAUAUAUUUCGGGUAAAUAAAUGAUUUAUAAUUACUUUCAAUUUCCACAGGGCAAUAAAGCUACAGACUGUGGAGCAUUCUAAACCUUUACUACAUUAUGAACUUCAUUUACUGAUUUGAUCAUGUACCCAACACUACAGUCACAUUUUUCAUUUCAUUGCUAGCUUAAAUCUUUGUUUACUAGUUUCACAUUACUAGACUACAUUUUGAUUUACAAGACUGUUUACAUGUACUGGUCUAGUUUCCUAAAACUUUACAUGCACCUUUCAUGAUAGAAAUAUUCACUUUUGUGACCUUGACCAUCAUUUGACAAAACCAAGUGGUUAUUUGCUAAACACAUUUAUCAGUUUUUGUGAUUUUGUAAUAGUUUAUUUUUCCCUUCUACCCUAGAGAAGAUCAGUAUGGGAAUACCUAAUAAUUACUGUAGUUGAAGUUCUAUUCUGAUUUGAUUGUUUCUUGAGUUGGUCGACAUUGCAUUGCUUUCUUUUUCAUGAAUUUUUUUUAGUUUUUUAAAUAGAAAUCUUUUCUUUAUUAGUCAUUAUUGAUUUUAAUAUUGUUAUUGUGUGCUUAUUCUUUUUUUAAAUUAUUUAUUCUUACUGCCUAGUAACAAGAACAUCUCACUAGGUAUGACUUUUGCACUGAUUAACAUAACCAGUUAACUAGUCUUUACAGAGAUUAAUUAUGUCAAUCUUUACUACUAUCCGCAUUGUGGAUCAGUCCAUUGGACGAAUAUAACUUGGACUUAUUCCCUCCCUAGAAAAGGGAUUAGCAAGUAAAUGCUGUGUAAAUAGGCUUGUAGAUUUAGCGUAGUUUUAAUGUUAGUGUUUCUUUGGCAUAACUUUAGCCAUCUCAUUCAAAUCUUUUCGUUUGUCUUGAGGAAGGGAUAUAUCGUCCCGACAAUCUAACUGUUCGUAUCGUUGUUCAUUUUAGUGCUUUGUAUAAUCUUUGUCUUUGACAUCGCAAUUACGAUGUGAAAUCGACACUGAUAGGUGUACAAUAAUACAUAACACUUAAACUCCUUUAAUUAAAUUUAAAUAGACUAUUCUACAAAAUAAUAUGCAGUAUGUUCAGAUACAGUAAUAUCUCGAUUAAAAUCAAUAGUAAAUUAUCUAAACCUUGCUCACCUGAACUAAGAGUAAGACAAAGUUAUGUUUUUUAAGCCCAAAUUUAUUCAAAAUAGUCUGAAAUGAUCUUUCAAAUUUGCUUGAUAAAGACAAUGUAAACUCAGUCUCACUUAAAAAAAACCAACGAAUAGGAACUUUAUUAUAUGUAGAUUACUGAGCAUUGAUAUCGGAUAACCAGCAAUCUUUGCGACAAAAACUUGAUCUAUUGUACAAAUAUUGCAGAAAAUCACUUCUUACAAAACAAAAAAAUAAUGAUCUUCAACAAAAGUGGAAUUUAAUAAAAGAAAAGUGUACAAUUAAUGGUGAAGAUAUAGAAUGUGUUAAAACAUAUCAACAUUUAGGUAUAUUACUCUACUAUUCUGUUUUGUUCAAAGAGACAAAGUCUCAUUUGUAUAACAAUGCGUUAAAGUCAUCAUUUAAAUUAUACAAAGAUAUAAAAUCAACAGAUCCAUUCAUUAAAACUUUACUACAUACAUUUGAUCAGACCAUCAAACACAUAGUUACUUAUGGGUCAGAAAUAUGGAGUGUAUCAUGCAAGGCAAAGAUAAAUGUCUAUACGAAACAUUUAAUUUUGAUUGUAAAUUUAGCACUGAUCAGGGAAGAAAAAUACAAACAUGACAGUUUUAUCAGAACUGGAUAGACAUUUAAUGUUUUAUGCUAUCAUUGUAGCAAUUUUCUCUUAAUGCCAUAUUCCGUGGGGAUCCGGGUUAGAAUAGGUCCUCAGUACCCCUUGCUUGUUGUAGAAGGCGACUAUAUGGGGUGGCCCUUCGGAUGAGACCGCAAAAACCGAGGUCCCGUGUCACAGCGGGUGUGGCACGAUAAAGAUCCCUCCCUGCUCAAAGACCAUAAGCACCGAACAUAGGCCUAAAUUUUGCAGUCCUUCACCGGCAUUGGUGAUAUCUCCGUAUAUAAAUAUUCUCGUGAGGGCCGUUAAACAGCAAUCGAUCAAUAAAUUUUAAUACCAUAGACUUCAGAGCAUGUCUGAGAACUCAUUAUUAUACAAUGCAUAAAAGAAAAUAUAAUCUUGGAUAGUUGUACAAAAUAAAUAGUUGGUUUUCAAAAGUAAAAUAUAUCAGAAAAUGGGCAUAUUAUUGUCUAAAUGUAAAUUAAUGGUUUAUGAAAUGAGAAGAGAGUUGUCUGUCCAGUAAACUUACAACAUACUUCUACAUAAAAAGAAGUUUUGAAAUUGAACAUUAUCUGUCUUUAAAAAGUUAUGAAGAAAGAAAAAAUAUAUGUAAAUUUAAAAUAAGCGUACAUAACCUCAGAAUUGAAAGUGGAAGAUAUGAAAAAAAAAGUACAAACACGAAAGGACAGAAAACAACCCUUGGAAGAAGUGGAAGACUUUAUAGGAUGUGCGACAUGAAUUGUGUGGAAGAUGAGAUUCAUUCACUGAUUGAAUGUCCCUUAUAAAGAUGACAGACAUGUGUUUUGAGGAUAUUACUAAACAUACUUUAAAAAAAUAUAAUUUAACAAAUAAUGAUUGAUUGAUGUUUUCCGCCACACUCAACAAUUUUUCAGUUAUCUGGUGGAGCCCAGUUUUUUAUUGGUGGAAGAGAGAACCCAUAAGUACACAAUAUACCUGGGAAGAGACCACGGACCUUCCAAAAGUAAACUGGGAAACUUUCUCACUUAUCAGCGCGAGCAGGAUUCGAACCCGCACCGACAGAGGUGAGAGGCCGUGUGAUUUUGAGCGCGAUGCUCUAACCACUCGGCCACGGAGGCACUUUUUAACAAAUAAAGAAAAAUAUCUGUAGAUUAUGUCCGAUGAGAAUGCUUAUCAAGCUAGACAAUUUAUAAUAAUUUUUUUAAAUCAAGAAAUAGUCCAUUAUGUAAACUUAAAAACAACCAAACAAAUGUAAAUAAUAAUAAUAAUAAUGAUAAUAAUGUAAUGAUAUUAAUUUACAAGCGUACACGUUACAUGUUCUUUUUUUUUAUACUAUAUCAAUCACAAAUCUCUCUCUCUCUCUCUCUCUCUCUCUCUCUCUCUCUCUCAUACGAUGUUUUAGAUGCAGCUCUGCCUUCAUCAUUUUACAUUUUUUCUCAAUAAAGAAAUGUUUAUGGGGAGUGUCUGGAUAAUACAAUGAUCAGUGUAUAGCUUUUACAUUUCAUGCAAAUUCGACGGAUUUUUAGGCGCAGUAGAUCUAGUGGGGAUCAGGUAUUCCAGGUAUUUAAAAUUACCACAAAUGUUGGAUUUCUUUCGAAAAGUGUGACAUUGGGUCGGUGCAAGACACACAUAUACCGGAUUGACAUUACAUAAGAGUUGUGUGUGACUCAAUAACAAGGACAUAAGAUGAAAAUAUUUCAUUCUUACCAAACACUGAUAUAAAAAUGUUUUGAAGUUUCCCCAUGAUAUCAAAGUAGUAUUAAAAGAUUAAAACUAUAUUUGUUUUAUAUAAUUAUUCGCCUUUUGUCAGAUGAAAUUGAUUAAUUAUUUAAACUAGCUAUAAUUAAUUACGUUGAGAGAGUAAUCUAACAUGUCCUUAUCAAUAUUGAUCAAUAAGUAAGAUCUGAAAUGUAUACAGUGUACUGAUUUUUACGAAUAUUCAGUCAAUUGGAUUGCGUGUUACAAAUGAAAUUGAAUUAUUCAUAGUUAGUGUUCAGUCAGAUAUCUAACCCCCUCAAAACAAGUAUUCAUGAUGAAGAGCAUAUAUCUUUAUUAAUCCAGUGUAAACUCAAUAAGAUAUUCACUUCACUACAUAUCAAUACAAAAGUAACACUAUUCAUUAUCGUUCAUCCUAUUCCUGAUUACUACUGACAGUAAUUCUGACCAAUAAUGAUUUAAAGGUGGUCCAUUCUGUCCAUUUUAGGUUUUUAAAAGUUUUUAGUUACAUGAUGAAUAACAGUUUUACCCAUUUGAAGGAAACGAUGUACAUAAAACAUAUAAACCGCACCAUCUUUUUGCUAAAGUUAUUGCUUUUUUUUUUUAGCAUUUGUUCAUGUUUUAUUGGCCGGGCUACUUGUGUCAUGUGACUAGUCAGCCUGUUAUAAACACGAUCUAGUCAAUUUAUAGUUAUUAGUCAAUUAUCUGAUGUAAGCCCAGUCAAUUCAUUGUUAUGUAUGAUUAUGUAAUAUGCAAUAUUAGUUGGUAGUCAUUUGUUAUUUCAAUAAAUUGAAUGACAAAUUCACACAAUGGUACUCUUUCUUAUCUUUUCAUUUGUAGCGUACAGCAAAAACAAGCUGCAAAUUACCUGAAUUGUUUAUCUUACAUUUGUUGGGGAAAAUUGUGAAUAUCAAUAAACAUUUAUUGGUACAAUCAAUUGUUUUAUAUUCAAAUUUUGAAAGUUCGUAUUUAUGUACCGUACACCAUGAUGAUUUUCUAAUUUUUACGAUUUCCACCUGUAAUGCGUCUUCAAACUGACCGCUUUACCUGUCGCUGACCAAUGGAACAAUUAAUUACUUAUGACCUAUUCAAUUCAUUCUGGCGAAUUUUUCCUUUGUUUUCAAGCAUGGAAAUUUCCAACAACCACCACUUCCCCUCCUCCCCUUUUUAUUAUGCUUCACUAAGCCAUUAUAAGAUUGAUUUUAUGUGGACCCUUUUUGUGCACCACCUUUUGGCUGUAGUUAUUACUUUUUAGCAUUUGUUUAGGUUUUAUUGGCUGGGCUACUUGUGUCAUGUGACUAGUCAACCUGUUAUAAACACUAUAUAGUCAAUUUGUAGUUAUUAGUCAAUUCUCUGAUGUGAGCCCAGCCAAUUCAUUGUUAUGUAUGAUUUUGUAAUAUGCAAUAUUAGUUGGUAGUCAUUUGUUAUUUCAAUAAAUUGAA